CAAGAAAAAUAUCAAGCUAUUUGGAAGUUUGUUCAUAGAUAUUUUUCUUUUUCCUGGAUAGAAACUGCAUUGUAUUGUAGGGUUAUAGUUCAUUGGUUUAAGGGGGUUCAUCUUAUCUUCCCAAACUUCAUCGUCCUAAACACCAUCCUUCCACAUCUUUCUUCGAACAAACCCAGGAACAAAAAUCCAUGGCUUCCACUUCAACAUCCUUGAUACCCUUACGAGGACAUGGUCGAAAAGCCAGUUUCUCUUCAUCACCAGCAAAAACUGCACUAAAAAAAGCGUUGAGAUUUUCAUUUUCGUCAAGGUCAAGUGUAGUUAUAUGCGUUAAAUCUUCUAGCGGUGCAGUGAAAUAUAAUGAAGUGGUUGUUGAUGAAGAGAUGGACAAGAUUAGGAGACUUCAAAAUGGGUCCGAUGUUCGAGGGGUUGCAUUGGAAGGCGAAAAGGGUCGAACCGUGGACCUUACCCCACCAGCCGUGGAAGCCAUAGCCGAGAGCUUCGGAGAGUGGAUUAUCAAGGCCUUGCAAAAGGAACGAGGACGUCCAGUGGAAGAUGUUACAGUAUCACUUGGCAAAGACCCUCGAAUAUCAGGAGCAUCUCUGAGUGUAGCAGUAUUUGCAGGCCUUGCUCGAGCUGGUUGCUUGACAUUUGACUUGGGCCUUGCUACUACACCAGCUUGUUUUAUGAGCACAUUGCUGCCACCAUUUGCUUACGAUGCUUCAAUCAUGAUGACGGCUUCUCACCUACCCUACACUCGCAAUGGUCUGAAAUUUUUUACAAAGAAAGGAGGUUUAACUUCGCCGGAAGUGGAAGAGAUAUGUGACAAAGCUGCUCAUAAGUACGCCAACAGGCUCACAAAAGUGUCGACCAUGCUUAACUCUCCUCCGAAAAAGGUUGACUUCAUGAGGGCUUACGCAAAGCACCUACGGGACAUUAUCAAGGAGAGAGUGAACCAUCCUAUUCAUUAUGAUACUCCACUCAAAGGAUUCCAGAUAAUUGUAAACGCUGGAAAUGGAUCAGGAGGUUUCUUCACAUGGGAUGUGUUAGACCAGCUUGGCGCAGAUACAUUUGGUUCUCUACAUCUCAACCCUGACGGGAUGUUCCCCAAUCACAUCCCCAAUCCCGAAGACAAAACUGCAAUGGCAUUAACCCGAGCCGCUGUGCUAGAAAACACAGCUGAUCUCGGCAUUGUUUUCGACACUGACGUAGACCGCAGCGGUGUGGUCGACAACAAUGGAAAUCCCAUCAAUGGUGACAAGCUUAUAGCCCUCAUGUCCGCCGUUGUUUUGAAAGAACAUCCCGGUACCACCAUUGUUACUGAUGCUCGUACAAGUAUGGAACUUACAAGGUUUAUCACUGAUAGAGGCGGCCAUCAUUGCUUGUAUCGUGUCGGUUACCGGAAUGUUAUCGAUAAGGGGGUUCACUUGAACCAGGAUGGCGUUGAAACACAUCUCAUGAUGGAAACUUCAGGACAUGGUGCACUCAAAGAGAACUAUUUCCUGGACGAUGGGGCUUACAUGGUAGUGAAAAUCAUCAUUGAAAUGGUACGCAUGAGGCUUGAGGGAUCAGAUGAAGGAAUAGGUAGUCUAAUAAAAGAUCUUGAAGAGCCAUUGGAGUCCAUAGAGCUUAGGAUGAAUAUCAUCUCCGAGCCUAAAUAUGCAAAGGCAAGAGGUAGAGAGGUGAUUGAAGCAUUUCGGUCCUACAUUGAGGAAGGUCAGCUUAAAGGAUGGGAAUUAGACGCUUGUGGAGAUUGCUGGGUAAGCGAAGGUUGUCUUGUCGACUCGAACGACAGUCCAGCUGCCAUUGAUGCUCACAUGUACAGGGCUAAAGUUUCAAAUGAAAAAAAUGAAGAGAUUGGUUGGGUACACAUAAGGCAGAGUAUCCACAACCCAAAUAUUGCUAUAAACAUGCAAUCAUCGGUUCCGGGAGGCUGUCAACUAAUGACAAAAGUUUUCAGAGACAAGUUUCUCUUGGCAAGUGGAAUGGGCAAAACCCUUGACUUUUCUCAGGUCGACAAGUAUGCCAGACUGGGGAAAAUGGGCUAAGCAAUGAUUCAAUUACAUAAAUUGUAUAUAUAGCAUAUGGGAACAUCCAAGGAAAUUGUACCCUGUCUGUGUAUUGUGUGACAUAUACAGAGGUUGUAUUUCAAUGUAUAGUGAAGACUGUAUACUAUACUAUUGCUGUUUCCUCAUUUUGGAAAUUAGAAGAAAAAAAUUACUAUUAACUUAUGAUAUGAGGAGAUUGCUCACUUCUUCCUCCUAUUUAGUGGUGAAACUCUGAAAAUUAUUUCA